AUGACGACAAUUGCUUCCAAGAACAUGUACGAGCUGCUGGGCAACGAUCCCGAGCUCGACCCCAACAGGCCAGCUGAGCCACCGACAAAGGCCAUCGACAAGCCUGCCCCUAGGCACGGCAAGCGCGACGGCUCCGACGUCAAGGCCUCUCCCCCCGUUGAGCGCCAGGGCAACCAGAGCCGCGCCAAGCAGAGCAACAACGCCAACGACAACGCUUUUAGGGAUCGCGGUGUCGGCGCUAGCAGCAACCGCACCCGUGGUUCUGGCGAGCCUGAGCAGCGUGGUGGCCGUGGUGGCGGUCGCGGCCGUGGUGGCCGUGGCGGUGCCCGUGGUGGCCGUGGUGGUGCCGCCCGUCAGGAGGGUGACCGUCACAGCAGGACCAACAUCGGCGAGCACGAGAAGCAGGCUGCUCACGGCUGGGGUGCCGAGACUGGUGAGGCCGAACUCGCUGACGAGCAGGCCGGUGAGGCCAUUGCCCACAAGGAGGAGAAGGAGGCCGUCAAGGAGGACGCCGAGGCUGAGGCUGCCGAGCCCGAGCCCGAGGACAAUUCCAAGUCCUACACUGCCUACCUCGCCGAGCUGGCUGAGAAGAAGCUGAAGCUUGGUGAGCAGAACCUCCGCAAGGCCAACGAGGGAAGCUCCAAGAACUUCCCCGAGGGUACCCAGGUCACUCGCCAGGAGGAGGACUUCUUCGCCGGUUCCGGCGGCAAGGCCAAGCGCGAGCGUCAGCGCAAGGAAAAGGUCCACGUCGAGCUCGACGGCGACCGCAUGCUCGCUCCCCCUCCCCGUGAGGGUGGUGCCCGCGGUGGACGCGGUGACCGUGGCGGCCGCGGCCGCGGCGAGGGUCGUGGUUCUUUCCGUGGCGGCGAAGGUCGUGGCGGCGAAGGUCGUGGCGGCGAAGGUCGCGGCCGUGGUGGUGACCGCGGUCGUGGUGAGGGUCGUGGCGGACGUGGUCGUGGCGAAGGCCGUGGCGACGCUCGCCCCCGUGGCGGCCGUGGCAACGCUCAGUCUGGCCCCAACGUCACCGACUCCAGCGCUUUCCCCAGCCUCGGCGCAUAA